CGAGUGUGAGGUGGGAAACAACCGUCACUCCAGCUGUGCUUCAGGUGUAACGGCGUCCUAAAACCAGUCCUCACACUUCAGAUCACCUGUGGGAUGUUAAUUGUGUUUUUAUCCAAAGCUACACUACAGCGACUGAAGGGCAGCUCUAAUGAAAGACGACACUAAAACAGCAGGAGUGACACAGGAGAGCAGUCCAGCAGCAUUAUAGCCUUGGCUUCAUCGGAUUUUACACAUAAACAGAUGGACGCCCAGGUGGCUCGUGUCUGUGAGAAUCUGGAGGAGACUGGAGAUAUCGAGCGUUUGGGUCGGUUCCUAUGGUCUCUGCCCGCCGCCGUGCCCGGUUCGGCCGGUGAACUACUCAACCGUCACGAGUCGGUGAUGCGAGCCCGCGCGCUCGUCGCGUUCCACGGAGGGAAUUUCGAUGCUCUCUAUCAGAUCCUACAGAGUCACCGCUUCACGCGGGAGUCCCACGCCAAGCUGCAGGACCUGUGGCUGGACGCGCACUACCGCGAGGCGGAGCGCCUGAGGGGGAGACCGUUGGGCCCAGUGGAGAAGUACCGCAUCCGGAAGAAGUUUCCCCUUCCUCGAACCAUCUGGGACGGCGAGCAGAAGACACACUGUUUUAAGGAGCGAACUCGUAGCCUCCUAAGGGAAUGGUACCUGCAGGAUCCCUAUCCAAACCCCUCCAGAAAGCGUCAUCUGGCUCAGGCCACUGGUCUCACUCCCACACAGGUUGGCAACUGGUUCAAAAACAGAAGACAGCGGGACAGAGCGGCAUCUGCUAAAAACAGACUGCAGCAGGAUUCCUCCCUCCUACCCUCUGGUAGUUCUCCCGAAUGUUCCUCCUCGGAGCACAACACACACCUCCAGGGCUCGUCCCCGCAUCGCCCCGGGAGCCCAGAGAACAGCGUCUGCAGCUCGGGCACCGGUCCGAGGGGAACUGGGGCCUCCACACCAGACAUCUCUGUCAGCAGCGACAGCGAGUUUGAGUCGUGAAGAAUGCCUCCGUCUGCCCUCCCAAACUGAUAAGAUGUCUGGAGGGUAGAGGACUGCUGUUGGAUUUGGUGAAAGCUUAUAGAUGCACUUAAAGGAAAGACUGUGAAUGGACUUUCAGAUUUGACAAAAAAAAGCACAAAAUGCUCUGUUAUUUGCUCGUUCAUGCUUGGUCUGUCACUGACCAAAGAGGAACUACAAUUUCAAGACUGAACUGUACACUUGAAAUUGAGCAGACUGGACCUCUUAAAAGGCAUGUGCCAAAUAAAUCUCUUUGGGUUCAUUGGCUUUUUUAAUCAUUCUAAUACUCAGGUGGCACAAAAUAUGAGACAUAUCAUACACAGGAAAUAUUAUGCAAAUUUUGUACAUGAAGUCUAGUCUAGGUCCUCCAGCCAGGCCUUUCAUAGCACUACACACGUCUGUCAAAACCGUGAAAGUGAAACUGUCUGAUCUGCAUGUCCAUUGAAAACGGAAGGUAGAAGUAACUUGCUGCUGUAUGUUUUAUUAUAAUAUAGUAUAGUAUAGAUUAUGCCAGUUACUUAAGCUAACAUUGCGUUUUUGGUUAUGUUUUGUUUAUUGUUGUUAAAUAAGGAUAUAAAACCAUUGAACAGUUUUACACAGGAAUAUAACAAUGUCACUCUUAGAAGAAAAGGCUCUAUAUGGAACCUUUAACAAGGGUUCUCACAGGCUUUUAGGGGUUCACAUCAUCUGACCAUUUUAUGCAUUUAGUUUUAAUUCAUUUGUUUUGUUUGUUGAAUUUAUUUUUAAUGUUAAUUAAAUUUUAUUUAUUAAACAGCUCAAAAAAAUAUCACUAGAACAAAAAUUAAAUAACCCAUUUAACAUUAAAGUAUUAUGCAACCAUUAUGCAAAGACAUUUCUCCUUAUAUAGAACCUUUUUUGGCAUAAAGUGUUCUUUAAAAUUGAGUCAAGAACCCUAUCGUUCUAUGUAGAACCCCACUGAACCUUUUUUCUAAGAGUGCAGUCUGGAUGAAUAUAAAUUAACUGACAUGUUAUGGAAUAUUAAUGCUGCUUACUUUACACUGGGUGAUUUCUGCACCACCAAAUGGUGUUGCAAAACUGUGACCAAACAGGUUUCCUCAACACUAAUGGAAAGUAUUUUAACAUCUUAGAAAUUACACACAUCAUCUUUAAAUCAACCUCUGCAUACUUUCUGUAUGUUUCAUUUAAACGAUUAGAGUCACUUAGCUCAGUCUGAAGUCAUUUUAUGUGCCUACACUUUGAGGACUUUUGAGACUGUAUGAUCGUCCAUUGUUUUUCCAUUUUCACACCCAUACUCACCGAAGUUACAAGAUCAGGAUUGUUUUGUUUUCAUUUGUUGUUUUUUGCAAUUUUGAAAUAAAUGAAAUUAUUUUUUAAGCAAA